CAGACCUGCGUUCAUCCUCCGUUGUCGUCGAGUCGAACGGCAGCGUGAGUGAGCGGGGAAAAAGAGAAACUCAAUCAGAAGAGCCGAUAUGUUAUGGUAGCCGAGAGCGAGAGCGCCGAGGCUAUUUGAACGUUGCAACAAUACUGCUGUGGUGAAGUUUGCUACAGUAUGGCAGUCAACUUUCCAUUCAGAGGGGUCCCUCCUGGGAUGCCCCCAGUUGUUCCCCCUGGUGUGCCUCCAAUUGUGCCGCCGGGCGUACCCCCAGGUGUCCCCCCUCCUGUGCCAGUUCCGGACUUUAUGUCUGAAGAGAAACUACAAGAAAAGGCACGGAAAUGGCAACAGCUACAAGCCAAACGCUAUGCCGAGAAGAGGAAGUUUGGCUUUGUGGAUGCCCAGAAGGAGGACAUGCCUCCUGAACAUGUUCGCAAGAUCAUCAGGGAUCACGGCGACAUGACCAAUAGAAAGUUCCGGCAUGACAAAAGGGUCUACCUUGGUGCUCUCAAGUAUAUGCCCCACGCUGUGUUGAAGCUGCUUGAAAACAUGCCGAUGCCCUGGGAACAGAUCCGAGAUGUGCCGGUGCUGUACCACAUCACUGGAGCCAUUUCAUUUGUGAAUGAAAUUCCGUGGGUCAUAGAGCCAGUCUACAUUGCUCAGUGGGGCACCAUGUGGAUCAUGAUGCGUCGUGAGAAGCGCGAUCGGCGGCACUUCAAAAGAAUGCGCUUCCCACCGUUCGACGAUGAGGAGCCUCCGCUCGAUUAUGCUGACAACAUUCUUGACGUGGAACCCCUGGAAGCCAUCCAGAUGGAGCUUGAUUCUGAGGAAGAUGCCUCAGUUGUUGAGUGGUUAUAUGAACACCAGCCCCUCAAAGACAACUCCAAAUAUGUGAAUGGAACCACCUACCGUCGAUGGCAGUUCACAUUGCCCAUGAUGUCAACGCUGUAUCGUCUGGCCAAUCAGCUUCUGACAGACCUGGUGGAUUUCAACUAUUUUUACCUGUUUGACCUCAAAGCUUUCUUCACAUCCAAGGCUCUAAAUAUGGCCAUUCCAGGGGGACCAAAGUUCGAGCCGCUUGUCAGAGACAUCAACCUCCAGGAUGAGGACUGGAAUGAGUUCAAUGACAUCAACAAAAUCAUCAUCAGACAGCCAAUAAGGACAGAGUACAAAAUUGCAUUCCCUUACCUGUACAACAACUUGCCACACCACGUGCAUCUCACCUGGUACCAUACCCCAAAUGUGGUGUUUAUCAAAACGGAGGAUCCAGAUCUUCCAGCGUUCUACUUUGAUCCGCUGAUCAACCCCAUUUCCCACAGACAUUCUGUCAAGAGUCAGGAGCCUCUGCCUGAUGAUGAUGAAGAAUUUGAACUUCCUGAGUUUGUGGAGCCGUUCCUCAAAGAGACCCCCCUUUACACAGACAACACAGCCAAUGGCAUUGCUCUGCUUUGGGCUCCCAGACCUUUCAACCUUCGUUCUGGCCGCACUCGGCGUGCCAUUGACAUCCCUCUCAUCAAGAACUGGUACAGAGAGCAUUGUCCAGCAGGACAGCCCGUGAAGGUGCGUGUAUCAUAUCAGAAGCUGCUGAAGUACUACGUCCUUAACGCUCUCAAACACAGACCACCAAAGGCACAGAAGAAGAGAUAUUUGUUCCGUUCCUUCAAAGCCACCAAGUUUUUCCAGUCUACAAAGCUGGACUGGGUGGAGGUGGGCCUGCAGGUGUGCAGACAGGGCUACAACAUGCUCAAUCUCCUUAUCCACCGCAAGAACCUCAACUACUUGCAUCUGGAUUACAACUUCAACCUGAAGCCAGUCAAGACACUGACCACAAAGGAGCGAAAGAAGUCCCGGUUUGGGAAUGCCUUCCACCUGUGCAGAGAGGUGCUGCGCCUCAGUAAACUGGUGGUGGACAGCCAUGUGCAGUACAGAUUGGGAAAUGUUGAUGCUUUCCAGUUGUCUGAUGGACUGCAGUACAUCUUUGCCCAUGUUGGACAGCUGACCGGCAUGUACCGCUACAAGUACAAGCUGAUGAGACAAAUUAGGAUGUGCAAAGACCUGAAGCAUCUCAUCUACUAUCGGUUCAACACUGGCCCCGUGGGCAAGGGUCCCGGUUGUGGAUUUUGGGCUCCUGGCUGGAGGGUUUGGCUCUUCUUCAUGAGAGGCAUUACUCCACUGUUGGAGAGAUGGCUGGGAAAUCUGUUGGCCAGGCAGUUUGAAGGACGUCACUCAAAGGGCGUUGCCAAGACUGUUACCAAGCAGCGUGUGGAGUCCCACUUUGACCUGGAGUUGCGUGCUGCGGUGAUGCAUGACAUCCUUGACAUGAUGCCCGAGGGCAUCAAACAGAACAAGGCCAGAACCAUCCUGCAGCACCUCAGCGAGUCCUGGAGAUGCUGGAAAGCAAACAUUCCCUGGAAGGUGCCCGGUCUUCCUACGCCCAUCGAGAAUAUGAUUCUCCGGUACGUAAAGGCCAAAGCUGACUGGUGGACCAACACGGCUCACUACAACCGUGAGCGAAUUCGCAGAGGAGCCACUGUGGACAAGACGGUGUGCAAAAAGAACCUGGGCCGGCUGACACGUCUGUACCUGAAAGCCGAACAGGAACGACAGCACAACUACCUGAAGGAUGGCCCUUACAUCACAGCAGAAGAAGCUGUUGCCAUUUACACCACCACUGUGCACUGGCUGGAGAGCCGGCGAUUCUCGCCCAUUCCGUUUCCCCCACUGUCGUACAAACAUGACACCAAGCUGUUGAUCCUGGCUCUGGAAAGGCUCAAAGAGGCCUACAGUGUGAAAUCUCGUCUGAAUCAGAGUCAGAGGGAGGAACUCGGCCUGAUCGAACAAGCCUAUGACAACCCUCAUGAAGCUCUGUCCAGGAUCAAACGUCACCUGCUCACCCAGAGAGCGUUCAAAGAGGUUGGCAUUGAGUUCAUGGAUUUGUACAGCCACCUGGUGCCAGUGUAUGAUGUGGAACCCCUGGAGAAAAUCACAGAUGCAUACCUGGAUCAGUACCUAUGGUACGAAGCAGACAAGAGACGGCUGUUCCCACCCUGGAUCAAACCUGCUGAUACUGAACCACCUCCACUUUUGGUUUACAAGUGGUGCCAAGGCAUCAACAACUUGCAGGAUGUGUGGGAGACUGCGGAGGGAGAGUGCAACGUGAUGCUGGAGUCCCGCUACGAGAAGAUGUACGAAAAAAUCGAUUUGACUUUGCUGAACAGGUUACUGCGCCUUAUUGUUGACCACAACAUCGCUGAUUACAUGACGGCCAAGAACAACGUUGUCAUAAACUACAAAGACAUGAACCACACCAACUCUUACGGCAUCAUCAGAGGCCUGCAGUUUGCUUCGUUCAUUGUGCAGUACUACGGCCUGGUGAUGGACCUGCUGGUCCUCGGCCUGCACCGUGCCAGUGAGAUGGCGGGCUCCCCUCAGAUGCCCAACGACUUCCUCAGUUUCCAAGACACCGCAACGGAGUCUGCUCACCCAAUCCGACUGUACUGCCGUUACAUCGACCGCAUACACAUCUUCUUCAGGUUCUCUGCUGAUGAAGCCAGAGACCUGAUUCAGCGAUAUCUGACGGAGCAUCCGGACCCCAACAAUGAAAACAUAGUGGGGUACAACAACAAGAAGUGCUGGCCCCGUGACGCCCGCAUGAGACUUAUGAAGCACGAUGUAAACCUUGGACGUGCAGUGUUCUGGGACAUCAAGAACCGCCUGCCCAGGUCUGUGACCACGGUGCAGUGGGAGAACAGCUUCGUGUCCGUUUACAGCAAAGACAACCCCAACCUGCUCUUCAACAUGUGUGGGUUCGAGUGUCGCAUUCUUCCCAAGUGUCGCACCAGCUAUGAGGAAUUCACUCACAAGGAUGGCGUCUGGAACCUGCAGAAUGAGGUAACAAAAGAGAGGACUGCGCAGUGUUUCCUCCGAGUGGAUGAUGAGUCAAUGCAGCGUUUCCACAACAGAGUGCGUCAGAUCCUGAUGGCUUCUGGCUCCACCACUUUCACCAAGAUUGUGAACAAGUGGAACACCGCUCUCAUCGGCCUCAUGACGUACUUCCGCGAGGCUGUGGUCAAUACUCAGGAGCUGCUGGACCUGCUGGUGAAAUGUGAGAACAAAAUCCAGACACGUAUCAAGAUUGGCCUCAACUCCAAAAUGCCGAGCCGCUUCCCUCCCGUGGUCUUUUACACCCCCAAAGAGUUGGGUGGGCUGGGCAUGCUGUCCAUGGGUCAUGUCCUCAUCCCACAGUCAGACCUGCGGUGGUCUAAGCAGACCGACGUGGGAAUCACCCACUUCAGGUCUGGAAUGAGCCACGAAGAAGACCAGCUCAUUCCUAACUUGUAUCGAUACAUCCAGCCGUGGGAGAGUGAGUUCAUCGACUCUCAGAGAGUUUGGGCCGAGUACGCCCUCAAGAGACAGGAAGCCAUUGGUCAGAACAGACGUCUGACUCUGGAGGAUUUGGAGGACUCCUGGGACAGAGGAAUUCCCCGCAUCAACACACUUUUCCAGAAAGACAGACACACUCUGGCUUAUGACAAAGGUUGGAGAGUCAGGACAGAUUUCAAGCAGUAUCAGGUUCUGAAGCAGAAUCCAUUCUGGUGGACUCACCAGAGGCAUGAUGGUAAACUUUGGAACCUGAACAACUACCGCACAGACAUGAUCCAGGCUCUGGGUGGUGUGGAGGGCAUUCUGGAGCACACACUCUUCAAAGGCACUUACUUCCCCACAUGGGAGGGUCUUUUCUGGGAAAAAGCCAGUGGGUUUGAGGAAUCCAUGAAAUGGAAGAAGCUGACCAACGCUCAAAGAUCUGGUCUCAACCAAAUCCCCAACCGUCGCUUCACCCUUUGGUGGUCCCCCACCAUCAACAGAGCCAACGUGUACGUGGGUUUCCAAGUGCAGCUGGACUUGACAGGAAUCUUCAUGCACGGAAAGAUCCCCACGCUGAAGAUCUCCCUCAUUCAGAUCUUCAGGGCUCACUUGUGGCAGAAGAUUCACGAGAGUAUUGUCAUGGAUCUCUGUCAAGUGUUUGAUCAAGAGCUGGACGCGUUGGAGAUCGAGACUGUGCAGAAGGAGACCAUCCACCCCAGGAAGUCUUACAAAAUGAACUCGUCCUGUGCGGACAUCCUCCUCUUUGCAUCAUACAAGUGGAAUGUCUCUCGGCCGUCUCUGCUUGCUGAUUCAAAAGACGUGAUGGACAGCACCACCACACAGAAAUACUGGAUUGACAUUCAGUUGCGAUGGGGGGACUAUGAUUCUCAUGACAUUGAGCGCUACGCCAGGGCCAAGUUUUUGGACUACACCACAGAUAACAUGAGCAUCUACCCCUCCCCCACCGGCGUUCUCAUUGCCAUUGACCUGGCUUACAACCUCCACAGUGCUUAUGGCAACUGGUUCCCUGGAAGCAAGCCGCUGAUCCAGCAGGCCAUGGCCAAGAUCAUGAAGGCCAACCCUGCUCUGUAUGUGCUCAGAGAGCGCAUCCGCAAAGGCCUGCAGCUGUACUCAUCUGAGCCCACCGAGCCCUACCUGUCCUCGCAGAACUACGGUGAACUCUUCUCCAACCAGAUCAUCUGGUUUGUGGAUGACACCAAUGUGUACAGAGUCACCAUCCACAAGACCUUUGAGGGGAAUUUGACCACAAAGCCCAUCAAUGGAGCCAUUUUCAUCUUCAACCCUAGGACUGGUCAGCUCUUCCUAAAGAUCAUUCACACAUCUGUGUGGGCUGGACAGAAGCGUCUGGGACAGUUGGCUAAAUGGAAAACAGCUGAAGAAGUUGCUGCUCUGAUCCGCUCCCUCCCUGUGGAGGAGCAGCCCAAGCAGAUCAUUGUCACCAGAAAGGGCAUGUUGGAUCCUCUGGAGGUCCACUUGCUCGACUUCCCCAACAUCGUGAUCAAAGGUUCUGAGCUGCAGCUGCCAUUCCAGGCCUGUCUGAAGGUGGAGAAGUUUGGAGACCUGAUCUUGAAGGCUACAGAGCCUCAGAUGGUGCUGUUCAACCUCUACGACGAUUGGCUGAAGACAAUCUCCUCUUACACGGCCUUCUCCCGACUUAUCCUGAUCCUCAGAGCACUCCAUGUCAACAACGACCGCGCUAAAGUCAUUCUGAAGCCCGACAAAACGACCAUCACUGAGCCCCAUCACAUCUGGCCCACACUCACUGAUGAAGAGUGGAUCAAGGUGGAAGUGCAACUCAAAGAUCUCAUCUUGGCUGAUUAUGGCAAAAAGAACAAUGUGAACGUGGCUUCUCUGACCCAGUCUGAGAUCCGUGACAUCAUCUUGGGUAUGGAGAUCUCUGCUCCAUCACAACAGCGCCAGCAAAUCGCUGAGAUCGAGAAGCAGACCAAAGAGCAGUCACAGCUCACAGCCACGCAGACUCGCACUGUCAACAAGCAUGGAGAUGAAAUAAUCACCUCCACCACCUCAAACUAUGAGACCCAGACCUUCUCCUCCAAAACUGAGUGGAGAGUCCGGGCUAUAUCUGCUGCAAACCUCCAUCUCCGAACCAACCACAUCUAUGUGUCGUCUGACGACAUCAAGGAGACUGGUUACACCUACAUUCUGCCCAAAAAUGUUCUCAAGAAGUUCAUCUGCAUCUCAGAUCUCCGAGCGCAGAUUGCUGGCUACUUGUAUGGCACCAGCCCACCAGACAACCCCCAAGUGAAGGAGAUCCGAUGCAUCGUCAUGGUACCUCAGUGGGGAACCCAUCAGACUGUCCACCUUCCCAACCAGCUGCCCGGUCAUGAAUACCUAAAGGAAAUGGAGCCCCUCGGGUGGAUCCACACACAGCCUAACGAGUCGCCUCAGUUGUCCCCUCAAGAUGUGACGACCCAUGCCAAGAUCAUGGCCGACAACCCGUCUUGGGAUGGAGAAAAGACCAUCAUCAUUACUUGCAGCUUCACACCGGGGUCCUGCACGCUUACAGCAUACAAGUUAACACCCAGUGGAUAUGAGUGGGGUCGCCAGAACACAGACAAAGGCAACAACCCCAAAGGUUAUCUGCCGUCUCACUAUGAACGAGUGCAGAUGCUGCUCUCUGACCGAUUCCUGGGCUUCUUCAUGGUGCCUGGCCAAGUGUCCUGGAACUACAACUUCAUGGGUGUGCGCCACGAUCCGAACAUGAAGUACGACCUGCAGCUGGCUAACCCCAAAGAGUUCUACCACGAAGUCCAUCGACCGUCACACUUUUUAAACUUUGCCUCGCUGCAGGAGGGGGAGAUCUACAAUGCUGACCGGGAGGACAUGUACGGUUGAGCGUCGCCGCCCCGUCCCAGAUUCGUUUUUUUUAUGGUUUCUGACCGAAUCAUGUAAAUCAGUUCAGUCUGCCGGUUUUCUGUCAAUAUAUUUCACUGAUGUUCGGGUAGGUUUUAUGUAAAGCUGUUAGGACCUUUUUUAGGAUUCCUUUCAUUCGAGUUUUUUUUCCAUGACUGCUUUGUCCUUAUAAAAAAAAAAAAGUUUGGUUAUCUUUUUUUUUUUUUGUCCUAGUUUCUAGAAUUUCAUCUUGAAUGCAUUUAUUUUUAGAACUCUGUAAUGUGUUUGACAUCAAUUCAGAGAAACACUCUUCCCCUUCUGCUUUUUGGAACUAAAAGUGAAAGUGGCAUUUCCAUGUUCUGGUGUUCUAUUAUACUACACGUCUGUGACAUUGUGAGCCUGGUUUAAAAUAAAGAUUCAUUUUUAUAAACUCUUUAAA